UUAAGAGACCUUGACAGAAUCAGCUGCUGCAAAUGGCCGUCAUUUAUCGACGCUGGGGGUAUCGGUGCCGUUGAGAAUAAUUUGUAUGAAAAUCAGAACAAUGAAGUACACAAUGCUGUCGCCCAAAAUAUGGAUAUGCCUGUAUACAAUUCUAUCGAGAGGAGAGCACAUCUUAGCAUAGGACAGUGCGUGUCAUAUUCGACUACGCCAAAACGAAAACCGAAUCCACUGGGAAAACGCAAAAUAGAUAUAGCUUGUGUUGGGGCGUCAUCCGGAUCUGCAAAGACUGCAGAAUUGAAGUGCCCUGAUGAACUUAACUAUAUAGAUGUGUGUUUUGAACCAAAACCGAGCGGACACAAGUUUCAAAUUCACGGUAGUGACAAUAAAACUGAUUACGUGGACAUUGAUUUCUCAAAAAGAAUUUGUUCAUUUGCAGAAAGUGAGAGAGACAGUGAUGAUGACCUUUCAAGUAUUGAUGAUAUAAGAAUGAUGAGGAAAGGACAACAGUGAAAAAUACAAAUGUAUAUUCUUUUGUUUCUUUCAUCAAUGAUUUUUUUUUAUUUCACAGUGUAUAUUUUGAUACUUUUCAUUCGUAUAUAGAGAUAUCACUUUAGUAUUAAAACUUUACAUGUUUUGUAUACUUUAUAUUUCCUUAUUUUAAUAAAUAAUACAUGCAAAUAGUAUUAUCAUUAACUAAGUUCAUAAUAAAAUUAUCAUAAACAUUUUUAA